CACCACCACCACCACCACCACCACCACCAAGAAGAGCGGACACCCUUCAAUCAGGCCAGGAAGCCAUGCUUGCGGGACUGCUGCAACGCCGCACAGGACUGAGCGUGGCGCGGUCAUUUCGAUCCGUGUUCGCACAUGAGCACCACCAGCAACGCCGACACAAGCACCAUCGCAAAGGGCAGCCGCAUCAACAACAGCCGCCGCAGCCGUCACAGCAGCGCCGUGGCCUUGAAGCCGGUUCCGCGUCCCCAGCUGCCCACCCAUUCUUCUCAGAGGCAUCACAAUGGAAGAACCCAGAGGGCGAGGUCACUUGCGUUCAGUACCCCGCCAACCACUACACAUACUACGUUGAGCCGAGCGAAUACGCCCCAUCAUUGCAGGAAGAGUCGUCCACAAACUCGGCCAUCCUUUCUGACGUCCACAUCCCAGAGCCGUCAUAUGUCACCAUCAACUACGGCUACAACGUGUUCCACAGCCGAGAGCCCUUCCAGUGUGAAAUCAAGGACAACCCAAAUGGAGGAGUGCUUCCCGAGCUUCAUCUUGCGUAUGAAACAUGGGGCACACUCUCUCCUGAAAAGGACAAUGUUGUCUUUCUGCACACGGGUCUCUCCGCCAGCAGUCACGCGCACUCGCACGAGAGGAACAAGACACCUGGGUGGUGGGAGAAGUUUAUUGGGCCGGGGAAGGCCAUUGACACAAACAAGUACUUUGUCAUCUGCUCAAACAACCUUGGCGGCUGCUACGGCACAUCUGGUCCCUCGUCUAUCAAUCCGUCAACCAACAAGGAAUAUGCAACGUCGUUUCCCUUGAUUACGGUUCAAGACAUGAUCCGUGCCCAGUUCCUGCUGCUGGACCAUCUUGGCAUUGACAAACUCCACGCGUCUGUCGGAUCGUCGCUCGGCGGCAUGCAGUCGCUGGCUGCCGCGGCCAUGUAUCCUGAGCGCGUUGGGCUGUGCGUCAGCAUCAGCGCCGCCCAUCGCGCCCAUCCAACAGCAAUCGCCCUCAGGUACAUGCAACGGCGCAUCAUCAUGGCAGACCCCCACUGGGCCGGCGGCAACUACUACGGCAAGAAAUUUCCCGUCCUCGGCAUGAAGCACGCAAGAGAGAUUGCAACCAUCAGCUACCGCAGCGGGCCCGAGUGGGAGAAACGCUUCAGCAGACAACGCAUCGACGGAGCACGGCACUCGUUCAUGCCAGAGUAUCUAAUUGAGACAUAUCUUGAUCACCAGGGUACAACUGCUUGCCUCCGCUACGAUCCAAACUCUCUCAUCUACAUCUCAAAGGCAAUGGACAUGUUUGACAUGACGGAUGGCUUUGAGGACCCAACGUCUGCCAUUGCCCGCAUCACGUGCCCGACGCUGGUGAUUGGCGUGCAGUCUGAUUUGCUCUUCCCCGUCAUGCAACAGCGAGAAGUCGUGCAGCUGCUCAGAGAGGGAGGCAACGAGAAUGUUACGUACUAUGAGCUGGAUGCCUUGUAUGGCCAUGACACAUUCCUGAUUGAUGUGAACACCGUUGGCGCCGCUGUAAAGGGUCACCUGGAGCACUGCUGCUUGUGAUGAUCACCACGAUCGUGUCAUGAUGUCACAACAGCGGCUGCUCACUUGUGUGUGUGUGUGUGUGUGUGUGUGUGUGUGUGUGUGUGUGUGUGUGUGCGUGCCGAGCAUGUGCUCCACAGGUCAGCUAUGUCUCAUUCCGCCUCUGCUGUUCGUUCCUUCUCGAUGUGCGUUGUCCUUGCUUGUCUUCAUGUCACACAUGUCACAUCACCACCAAGCGUUAACCAACCCCCAGCCAGCCAGCCAGCUUUCCCCCCCUUUUGUUUGCUUGCCACUUCUCGUUUCUUUUUUGGUGUCGUUCGGAGUUACAUAGACUAUUAUGUAAAUCUUCCAAAAACAAUCAGCACCCAAAUUUCAACGCCUGCUAUUUUG